CGAGGUCCUUUGUCCAGACACCCAGCAAUAAAUUCAGCGUUUCAAGAUUAGAUCUGUGCUUAUACUGUUCUUAUAUCUAUAUACCGAUGGAGGAGUUGUUAAGCUAGGGUUCGUGGUCGCCUUUCGUGCUAUAAUCUCUGAAAGGGCUCCUUUUCCGCUUCCGUUUUCAUAUCUAUUUCGGAAGGAUGGCGACCAUGAACCCCUUUGAUUUGUUAGGCGACGACGACGCCGAGGACCCUUCUCUGCUGAUCGCUGCUCAGCAGAAACUUGCCGCCGCCGCAGCUGCGCAACCCAAGAAGGUGGCUCCGGCGGCUCAAUCUAAGCCGGCCUCUGAGCAGCAGCAGACCAAACCGCCGCCUAAACUCCCCUCCAAGCCCCUUCCCCCUGCGCAAGCCGUGAGAGAGGCAAGGAAUGAAGGUGGACGCGGAGGAGGUCGAGGAGGUGGACGAGGAUAUGGGCGUGGCCGAGGCAGUGGUGGUUUCAAUCGUGAUUCUGCCAACAAUGAGAGCUCAUUCAGCAACAGCGCAGCCCCCACUGGUCAAGGUUCCGUUGAAGACGGGGAGUCGGGUAAGUCUACUGAAAGGUGGGGCUACGGUGGACCUCGUAGUCCUUACCGCAGUGGUCGCCGAGGUGGUUUCAGCAAUGGAGAAGUUGGUGAUGGGGAACGUCCUCGAAGGCCAUUUGAACGCCGUAGUGGGACUGGGCGAGGAAAUGAGGUCAAACGAGAAGGGUCUGGCCGUGGAAACUGGGGAUCACAAACUGAUGAAAUUGAGGUGACUGAAGAAGUUGUCAAUGAAACUGAGAAGAAUGUGGGUGAUGAAAAGCCUGUAGUUGAGGAAGAGGCUCCAGACAGCAACAAGGAGAAUCCUUCUAAUGAAGCUGAAGAAAAAGAACCCGAGGAUAAGGAGAUGACUCUGGAAGAAUAUGAGAAACUACUGGAGGAGAGGAGGAAGGCCCUGCAGGCUCUUAAGACGGAGGAAAGAAAGGUGGAUGUGAAAGAGUUUGAAUCCAUGCAACAACUUUCAAGCAAGAAGGGCAGUGAUGACAUCUUUAUUAAACUGGGUUCUGAGAAGGAUAAGCGGAGAGAGGCUGAGAAGGAAGAGAAGGCCAAGAAGUCUGUCAGCAUUAAUGAGUUCUUGAAGCCUGCUGAAGGAGAAAGGUACCAAAACCCAGGUGGCCGGGGUCGAGGUCGGGGUCGCGGUUUGAGAGGAGGGUUUGGUGGAAAUGCAGGCAGCAGUGUGGCAGCCCCAUCUAUUGAAGAUCCUAGUCACUUCCCAACCUUAGGCGCCAAGUGAGAUUCUCCAGGAUCCCGUUUACAAUCUCAAUGGGUUUUCCAUUUUUGGGUUCUAUGCUUGCGAUCUCUACCAGGGAAAUGACUAGAAUAAUUGGAUUUCCUGUAUUAAAAAGAUCCUUUAAAUUUCGUGCCCUAAAAUGUAUAUUUUAUGUUCUUCAUAUGUUCCCCUGUAGUUUUCCCCUCUUUUCCCCUUCAUCGUAUGCUCUGUUUUCUGUUUUUAAGACUUGGGGGCAUAUGAAACGAUUAACUUAUGGCUACAAUUCAUCGUUGCUUAGUUUUCGGAAUAGAUUUGAGACUAUUUCGGUUUUU